GACUCUCCAUGACUGUCAUCGUUAGAUGAGGAACUGAGUCACAGUUAGCUGUAGUUGGCAAUCGAGGCGUAGACAUGUGUGGAAUUUUUGCCUAUCUGAACUACCAUGUGCCACGGACUCGCCGGGAGAUCCUGGAGAUCCUCCUCAAAGGCCUGCUCCGUCUGGAGUACCGUGGCUACGACUCUGCCGGUGUUGGAAUUGAUGGAGGGAACGGUAAGGAAUGGGAGGCCAAUGCCCGGUCUAUUCAGCUGAUCAAGCAGAGUGGAAAAGUGAAGGCUCUUGACGAUGAGAUCACCAAGCAGCAGGACAUGGACAUGGAUGUGGAGUUUGAUGUCCACCUUGGCAUCGCCCACACUCGCUGGGCUACCCAUGGUGCCCCCAGCCCUGUCAACAGCCACCCACAAAGGUCUGACAAGAGCAACGAGUUCAUUGUCAUUCAUAAUGGAAUUAUCACAAACUACAAAGACCUGCGGAAAUUCCUGGAGAGCAAGGGUUAUGAGUUUGAGUCUGAGACAGACACAGAGACCAUUGCCAAGCUGGUGAAGUACAUGUAUGACAACCGUGAGAGUGAAGACCUCAGCUUUGCUACUCUGGUGGAGAGAGUGACCCAGCAGCUGGAGGGAGCUUUUGUCCUGGUCUUCAAGAGUGUCCAUUACCCUGGGGAGGCAGUAGGCACUCGGAGGGGAGGUCCUCUGCUUAUUGGGGUGAAAAGUGACCACAAGCUGUCCACAGAUCACAUUCCUAUCCUGUACCGAUCAUCCGGUAAGGACAAGAAGGGCUGCCCCACCCUGCCCAGGAUGGAGCAGGACACCUGCCACACACUCUUCGCUGAGGACAAGAAGUCUGUGGAGUACUACUUUGCCUCUGAUGCCAGUGCGGUGAUUGAGCACACCAACCGGGUGAUCUUCCUGGAGGAUGAUGACGUGGCAGCGGUGACGAACGGACGACUCACCAUCCACCGCAUCAAGCGUACAGCCGGAGACCACCCUGCCCGCGCCAUCCAGACCCUGCAGAUGGAGCUGCAGCAGAUCAUGAAGGGUAACUACAGCUCCUUUAUGCAGAAGGAGAUCUUUGAACAGCCAGAGUCUGUGGUUAACACCAUGAGAGGAAGGGUCAACUUUGAUGACAACACGGUAAUCCUGGGUGGACUGAAGGAUCAUAUUAAAGAGAUACAAAGGUGUCGACGGCUCAUCCUAAUCGCCUGUGGCACCAGUUACCAUGCUGGGGUGGCGACUCGCCAGGUACUGGAGGAGCUGACUGAGCUGCCUGUUAUGGUGGAGCUGGCCAGCGACUUCCUGGAUAGAAACACACCAGUGUUCCGUGACGACGUCUGCUUCUUCAUCAGCCAAUCAGGUGAGACAGCAGACAGCCUGAUGGCCCUGCACUACUGUAAGGAGAGAGGAGCCCUGACGGUGGGCGUCACCAACACAGUGGGCAGCUCCAUCUCCAGAGAGACCGACUGUGGGGUGCACAUCAACGCUGGGCCAGAGAUAGGAGUGGCCAGCACCAAGGCCUACACCAGUCAGUUUGUGGCUCUGAUCAUGUUUGCGCUGUUGAUGUGUGAUGACAGGAUCUCCAUGCAGCCACGGCGACGUGAGAUCAUCCAGGGCCUGAGAGUUCUGCCAGACCUGAUCAAGGAGGUGCUGAGUCUGGAUGAUGAGAUCCAGAGACUGGCCGCAGAGCUGUACCAGCAGAAGAGUGUUCUCAUCAUGGGCCGAGGCUACCACUACGCCACCUGCUUGGAGGGAGCACUGAAAAUCAAGGAGAUCACGUACAUGCACUCAGAGGGCAUCCUGGCUGGGGAGCUGAAGCACGGCCCUCUGGCCCUGGUCGACAAACUCAUGCCCGUCAUCAUGAUCAUCAUGAGAGACCACACCUACACCAAGUGUCAGAACGCACUUCAGCAGGUGGUGGCCCGCGCGGGCCGACCCAUCGUGAUCUGUGACAAGGAUGACUAUGAAACUGCCAAGUGCUCAAGCCGCACCAUCAAAGUGCCGCACUGUGUGGACUGUCUGCAGGGCGUUCUGAGUGUCAUCCCCCUGCAGCUGCUCUCCUUCCACCUGGCUGUGCUCAGGGGCUUUGACGUGAGUCACUGCACGGUCACUGAGUUGGGUUCUUACUGUAGGCCUUCAUAACGGGUAGUCUAUUUCUUAGGGUUAUAACUUGGCAAAUUUAGAAAUGUCUAACGCUUCUCCCAAUACAGGUGGAUUUCCCAAGGAACCUGGCCAAGUCUGUGACGGUAGAGUGAAACAGGCCAUUUGAAGCCCCAAAAACCCAUUUCACCUCACAUACAUACAUACAUACAUACAUACAUACAUACGUAGUACGCAGGAACAGCUGUCACAUGGAUACCAAGAGGAGCAGAGAGAGCACACUUUCCUGUUUUAUGUCUUGUGUCAUAUAUUUUUAUGCAAUUGUUACUCUUGUACUCUAAGCAUUCUGUAUCACUGUCACUUCUCUCAACACAUUUGAAGGCAUUGUUAUGAAUUGUGUUUUUUUUUUGUCAAGUGUGGUAAGGUAAGGGUUGGCAGUAAUGUUGGCAUUUAGGAGCUCACAUCGGUUACUGGAGUGUAUGCAGUUAAUGAAUCAACUAAAGGAAAGACGGAAAAAUAUCUAUUUUCUAAAGGAAAGACGGAGCUAUUUUGGAUGAUGCCCAACAGUGCUCAUAACUGAAAUGUGCACAUCUUUUCAAUGUUGAGUACUUGCAGCUGGUUUUUCAGUUAAUUCAGCUGUUUGUUGGCUGAAGUCAAGAGUCUAUAUGAAAAUCUUACUGAAGUUACUGGUUCUUUUGGUGUUUCAUUGGUGCAAUGAUUUUUGGUCUAUUGAGAUCAGUUUUCUUUGGCAGCUAGAACAUCUAUAACUGUCAUUUGAAAUGUUUCUGUUACUUUUGUGUAUGUUGAGUGAAGUCUUAAAUCAUUCCGAGUCAUAUUGUAGUCCUGACUCUAAAUCUGAAGUGCUUCCAGGAAGAAAGUGUCAAGUCAUGCUUUAGUCUACUGACCUGUGCCAGAGGCUAUUGAGAACUCCCCCCUUGUUUUCCUCGGAAUGCCAUAAUGACAAAUUAUUUUGGAUUUGUAACUUGUAAAAGUUUUGAAUGUUUUAUAGUACAAUACGAAACUUGUAACAUACUUCCUUGUGUAUACUAUUGUGUAAUGUUUUUAGUCCUUGGAUAGGUUACAAAAGCAACUUGCAGUGAUGCACUCCUUGUGGUUUGGCAGACCUCCUAUAGGAGAGUUAACAAACUCUUGCCUAAACCAUGUUGAGCAUCUGAAUGAUUGACUGUCCUGGCAUAAUAAUCAUGCUUUUAAAAUUCUAACAGCUACUGUGUCUGAGAGACAUGAUUUGAAUCAUUUACCCAAUAAUUUGAAAGAUGGCACCGUACAAUGUUAGAAAUCUACAAUGAAGACGAGUGAAACAUUGAAAUGAUCACUUAUCUCUCUAAGCCUAUAGGUUACUGUCAUUGUGACUUGGUGGAAGUGUAGCAAUAUUCAAAACUCUUCAAUUUCACUGGUCUUGUUGACCUAUUUUCUGCCUUGUUGCUUAGGAGGCUCAAUUUGGGUCUCUGGUCUACAAUAUAACUCUAAAUAGAAGAAAAAGAACCAAGUGAAAUGAAGUUGCUGCUCAGAGCACAAUUUGCACCAACAUUUUGCCUACCCCAUGCCCUGCCACCAUACCGAUUUUUAAUUGCAAUAUUGGGACCAUUUUUUUUUCUUUCUACAUUUCUAUUAAUUUGUACGUUUCUCAUUUUGUUUACAUGGUACAAAGCUUUUUUUAUAUAUUAUUGAAGUUAUUAGUUGAUCUGAAUGUGACUGACAUUCGAGAUGUCCCCUGUACCCAAAAAAGGUCACUGUAUUUUACAAUCGAUUAUGCAGUCAGAAACCAAAACACCUUUUCUAUGUUAAUUUUGCUUUGAGUAACCAAAGGUAUGGUUUUAGAGAUUAUGUUCAUAGGGGUUUGUGUGUACUGUAAGUGGUCUGUCCAGAAGAGGCCUACAGGGCAAUACAGCAAGCUUGUUAAAAUAUGUAGCUGCUAUUUUAGAUGGAACUCAACAUGUCAGCUGUGUGUUCUCCCAAAUGUCUAAUAAAUGAGUCUUUAUAAACCAAGGUUGAAGCAAAGCAGAUACUGGUUUGUAUGUAACAUCACGGAGAAGAAAAAAUACUUUCUAUAUAAUGGGCUAUUUAGUUAUUUUUUUGUAUUUCACUUUUCACCUUUUCAGUUUAAGAUCUUUGUCUUGCUGUCGCAAUCAAGCCUUAAAAUUGUACCUUUUAGGCAAAUCACCUGAAAAGUGGUCUCUAUUCAGCCUUUGCAUCUGUUUCUUCUUAAUUGUAUUGCAUUUACUGAGCCAGUGUACUGUAUGCGCCCACGUUGACUAAAGACCCAGCUUUAAACUGGACAUGGUGCUAUUCGAAGUGAUUUAGUAACCCAUGUAAAAUUGCAGGUGUUUGACAGGUUUUUAGACUUGAAGUAUGGACAAGGGAACCGCUUUAGAGUCUUUCUAUAAAUAACGGGGCCAAUGUGUGAGUGACAUUGGGAUCAAAAUUUCUAAAUGGUUUGAAAUAAAAAGGCUUUUCAUGCAGUUCCACAUGUGUACUUAAAGGAAUAAAAGUGAAUAUAUGCAAA